AUGUCUCGAUCCCGCCAUGCAAGGCCUUCCAGAUUAGUCAGGAGGGAAGAUCUAAGCAAAAAGAAAAACAGCCAACUGAAGAAGACCUCCAAGCCAGCCAACAAAAAUGUGGCAUCAGUCAAGACUGUGAGCCCUGGAAAAUUAAAGCAAUUAAUUCAAGAAAGAGAUGUUAAGAAAAAAACAGAACCCAAACCACCUAUGCCAGUUAGAAGCCUUCUGACAAGAGCUGGAGCAGCACGGAUGAACUUGGAAAGGACUGAGGUUCUUUUUCAGAAUCCGGAGUCCUUAACUUGCAAUGGAUUUACAAUGGCUCUCAGAAGCACCUCUCUUAGCAGGCGACUCUCCCAGCCCCCACUGGUCACAGCCAAACCUAAGAAAAUUCCACCUUCUAAGAAUGUGGAAAAGCAACAUGAGUGUGAGUAUAAGGUGCUCACUGAUGUGGGAGUAAGGCACUCAGAAAAUCAGUCAGACCCCAUACAAGACCCCUUAAUCCCUCCUGACAUAGAAAAUCUAAUUGGUAUACAAAAUUCAUCUUUAAUUAAAGGUGAGAGCCAAAAGACAACCCAGUUUUGGUCCCAAAGUGUUGAAGAUGCUAAAAUAAAUAUUCCCACUUACAGCGGCCCUGCAGCAGAGAUCCAUUCUCAGUUAUUGGAAGGCACACAUGGUGAAGGGCUAUUCUCUGAAGAGACAUUAAAUGAUAUCAAUGAUUACAAUAGAAUGUUUGCUCAGGACACUGAGCGUGCUACUUUGCCCCAAAGAGCAAUCUCCAAGGUUACCUCUGAAAGAAACCCCAGCGUUCAGUUAGAAGAUUUGGGUUUGCGAGUAGAAUCUCUUAAGCUAUCUGAUUCUUACUUGGAUCCUGUCAAAAGUGAACAUGAUUGCUAUCCCACCUCUAGCUUUAAUAAGGUCAUACCUGAAUUGAACCUUAAAAACUGUUUGUCUAUUGGUGGGUCUGUAUAUCCUACCUCUUUAAUAAAACUCCUCUUGGCAGGCUCAGAACAAGAAACCAUUGGUGCUAACUCAGAUCAAGAUACCCUCAAAAUUACCCUAGAUCAACAGGAAGUUUCUGGUGCUACUCCAGAUCAAAAAAUUUCUGAUACCAGCCCUGUCCUAGGAGAGGCCUUCAGUGCUACCCCACAUCAAUGGGAAAUUCCUGGUGCUAACCCAGUUUGUGGCGAGGCCCUAGGUGAGACCUCAAACCUACCAGAGAUUCCUGGUGCUUUUCCAGUCCAAGGAGAGGUCUUUGGUGCCAUGCUAAACCAACAAGAAACCCUUGGUGUGAGUGGUGGUGCUGUCCCAGACCUGCCUAUUUUCCUUGCUGCUCCUCCAGACCCAAUUGCCACCUAUCAUGUUGCCCCAGAAUUGCCUGAGCCCCAGAGCACUGCUUCUUAUGGGCUUGAGGCCCAGGGUGCUUUGCAGAUUUUGCCUUUGGGUUGCUUAGGUUACAUUCCUCAGUCAUCAUCAAACUCAGAGAAAAGUUCGGUACUUCCAGCAAUGACCAUAAGCAAUAAAGAAAAUGAGAAGCAGGUUCAUAUCAGCUUUUUACCAGUUUAUACUCAGAGGUUCACAUUAGCCCCUGAGAGAGGACUAUACCAGGCUUCGCUGAGUGUUGCUCAACUCUCCCAGCCCAGUCCCAGCAAAUCAGUAGGAGGAAGUUCCCAGGUCCACGUCACCAGUACAGUUGAUGUUGUCAACCCUGCAAUAGUGUCUAUGUCAGUGUCACUUGCUAGUACCUCUCCUUCCUACACAACCUUGCUACCUACUUUGGAAAAAAAGAAACGAAAGCGAUGUGGAGUCUGUGAGCCUUGCCAGCAGAAGACCAACUGUGGUGAAUGUACUUACUGUAAGAAUAGAAAGAAUAGCCAUCAGAUCUGUAAGAAGAGGAAAUGUGAAGAACUGAAAAAGAAACCAUCCGUCAUUGUUCCUUUGGAGGUUAUAAAGGAAAACAAGAGGCCCCAGAGGGAAAAGAAGCCCAAAGUUUUAAAGGCAGAUUUUGACAAGAAACCAGUAAAUGGCCCCAAGUCAGAAUCCAUGGAAUACGGUAGAUGUGGCCAUGUGGAAGAACAAAGAUUGGAAGUGAACCCAUAUCCCCUUGAAAAUGUAACUAGAAAUGAAGAAAGCAUGACAGGUAUUGAAGUGGAGAAGUGGACACAAAGCAAGAAAUCACAUUUAACUGAUCAUGUCAAAGGAGAUUUCAGUGCAACUGGGACAGAAGCAGAAAAAUGGAAGAACUCUAAAGAUGAUAGGAAAAACGUCAUACUUUCUGACCUCCUUGAACCUCAGAAAUUAUUUGCACAAACUGUAAAAAAUGGCAUUAAAAACGUACGCUAUUUACCAACUGAAACAAGUGUAUCAUUUAAAAAAUUUAAUAUUGAAAAAUUUGGCAAGGCACUUGAAAACAAUUCCUAUAAAUUCCUAAAAGACACUGCAAACCAUAAGAAUGCCAUGAGCUCUGUUGCUACUAGUGUGACCUGUGAUCAUCUCAAGGGGGCAAGUAAUGUCUUUGUCUUCCAGAAACCUGGAUUUAACUCCAAGUCUGUCCCAGAUCCCACAAAUUUUAAUUUAAAUAGUUAUAGCAGCACACACAAUGAAAGUGAUCAGCCUAAAACUCCUGAGAGUAUACCCGUUAAAGAACCAAAAGAUGGAUCUCCAGUUCAGCCAAGUCUUUUAUCCCUAAUGAAAGAUAGGAGGUUAACGCUCGAGCAAGUGGUGGCCAUAGAGGCCCUGACUCAACUCUCAGAAGCUCCAUCAGAGAAUUCUUCACCAUCAAAAUCAGAGAAGGAUGAAGAAUCAGAGCAGAGAACAGCGAGUUUGCUUAACAGCUGUAAAGCUAUUCUCUACUCUGUAAGAAAAGACCUCCAAGACCCAAACUCACAAGGUGCACCACAAAGCCUGCAUCACUCUCAAUCUUUGGAAAAGGAAAGUUCAUGCAAUAUGGUGGUAUUCAAUGGCCAAAACACCAUUUCCAAGUCACACAACAGCUCAGUUAUUAACCAAUCAUCCACUAAGUCACAGGAAUAUUCAAAAGUCACAAAUUCAACAUCUCUCUUUAUGCCAAAUUCAAAUUCGUCUAAAAAUGACACCAAUAAAAAUGUUGCUCAAGGUAGAAUUACUCUUGACAGUUAUUCCACAAAUUUACAUCAGCUUCCACCAAGAAGUAAUAAAUUGGAGUAUUGUAACCAGUUACCGGACAGCAGUAAAAAGUUGGACUCAAAGGAUGAUCUGUCGUGUCAGGAUGCAGCUCAUAGUCAAAUAGAGGAAGAUGUUGCAACACAGUUAACACAACUUGCAUCAAUAAUUAAAUGCAAUUAUAUAAAACCAGAGGAGAAAAGAUAUGAAAGUAUACCAGCAAGCCUUUCUGCACAUGACGCACAGCAGAAAUGUAGUCAGGAGAAGAGCACAGUACAGCAGAAGCCACCUUCAAGUGUACACAACAAUCAUGGCUCAUCACUAACAAAACAAAAGCACACAUCCCAGAAAAAGACAAAGUCCACCCCACCAAGAGAUCGACGGAAAAAGAAGCCUAUAGUCAUAAGUUGUGAAGAAAAUGACCAGAAGAAACAGGAACAGUUGUCAUAUGAAUAUAGUAAAUUAUAUGAAAUUUGGAUGGCAUCCAAAUUUCAAAGAUUUGGUCAAUUUGUCCCACAUGAUUUUCCUAUUCUGUUGGGAAAAAUUCCUCCCCUAACCAAAGCAUGGAAGCCACUGACUCAUACAAAUUCAGCUUUACAACACAAAAAAUUAUUUCCUCCUCUCACUCAGAUAAAAUUUGAGAGAUACUAUCCUGAAUUAGCCCAGGAAAAAAUGAUAAAGUUUGAACCAUUGGAUUCUUUAUCCCACUUCAAAACAGAAUCCAAUGGGCAGGCGUUUACAGACAAAGCUUACAAUUCUCAGGUACAGCUAACAGGGAAUGUCAAUCAGAAAGCUCAUCCAUUGCCCCAGCCCUCCUCUCCACCGACCCAGUGCGCUAACCAGAUGGCUGGAGAUGACCAAACACAGUUUCAGCAGGAUAUGAAAGAGCAACUCACGCAUCAGAGACUGCUGACAUUGCCUGGUAUCUCUCAUGAGAGACCCCUAUCGGACCCAGCAGAAAUUCUCAGGAAUGUAAAUGUAGUAUGUUCAGGUGGAAUUACAGUGGUUUCAACCAAAAGUGAAGAGGACGUCUGUUCAUCUAGCAUUGGAGCAUCAGAAUUUUCUCCAGGAGACAGUGCACAGAAAAAUUUUAAUGAUUAUGCCAUGAACUUCUUUACUAACCCCACAAAAAACCUGGUGUCUACAACAAAAGAUUCGGAUCUGCCAACCUGCAACUGUCUAGAUCGAGUUAUACAAAAAGACAAAGGUCCAUAUUAUACACACCUUGGGGCAGGACCAAGUGUUGCUGCUGUCAGGGAAAUCAUGGAGAAUAGAUUUGGCCAAAAAGGAAAUGCAAUAAGAAUAGAAAUAGUGGUGUAUACGGGAAAAGAAGGAAAAAGCUCUCAUGGAUGUCCAAUUGCUAAGUGGGUUUUGAGAAGAAGCAGUGAUGAAGAAAAAGUUCUUUGUCUGGUCCGGCAGCGUACAGGCCACCACUGUCCAACAGCUGUGAUGGUGGUGCUCAUCAUGGUGUGGGAUGGCAUUCCUCUCCCCAUGGCUGACAGAUUAUACACGGAGCUCACUGAGAGUCUAAAAUCAUACAAUGGUCAUCCCACAGACCGAAGAUGUACCCUCAAUGAAAAUCGGACCUGUACCUGUCAAGGGAUUGAUCCAGAGACUUGUGGCGCUUCAUUCUCUUUUGGCUGUUCAUGGAGUAUGUAUUUCAAUGGCUGCAAGUUCGGUAGAAGUCCAAGCCCCAGAAGAUUUAGAAUUGAUCCAAGCUCUCCCCUACAUACUCAGAAAGUUUACUACCCACAGACCUACUAUGAAAGAAUUACUAGAGGACGUAAUCCAGAAAGAAGAUGUAUGAAACCGGAUCGAAUCUGUCCGGGACACGAGGCCAUGGAAGAAGCAUGGCUCAUUCCAGGAACUGACAGGCGUAUGGCUGAAGCACAGCAGGUAGAAUAUGAGCACGUUGCCCGAGAAUGUCGGCUUGGCAGCAAGGAAGGUCGGCCUUUUUCUGGGGUCACUGCUUGCCUGGACUUCUGUGCCCAUCCUCACAGGGACAUUCACAACAUGAAUAAUGGAAGCACUGUGGUUUGUACUUUAACACGAGAAGAUAACCGCUCAUUGGGUGUUAUUCCUCAAGAUGAGCAGCUCCAUGUGCUACCUCUUUAUAAACUUUCAGACACAGAUGAGUUUGGCUCAAGGGAAGGAUUGGAAGCAAAGAUCAAAUCUGGGGCCAUCGAGGUCCUCACACCUUGCCGCAAAAAAAGAACACGUUUUACACUGCCUGUUCCUCGUUCUGGGAAGAAGAGAGCAGCAAUGAUGACAGAAGUGCUUGCUCAUAAGAUAAGGGCAGUGGAGAAGAAACUCAUUCCUCGGAUCAAGCGGAAGAAUAACUCAACAACAAUCAACAGUAAGACUUCAUCACUGCCGCUUUUAGGGUGUAAAAACGAGACCUUGCAACCUGAAAUAAAAAGUGACACUGAACCACAUUUUAUCUUCAAAGGUUCAGACAACACUAAAACCUACUCACUGAUCCCAUCCAUUCCUCACCCAGUGAAAGAGGCCAACUUAUCUCCAGGCUUCUCCUGGUCCCCUAAGAGUACUUCGGCCACAACAGCUCCAUUUAAGAAUGAUGCAGCAGUCUCCUACAGGUUUUCAGAAAGAAGUAGCAGUCCCCACUGCACAAUGCCUUCUGCCAGACUCAGUGGUGCUAAUGCAGCUGCUGGGGAAAGCACUGGAAUUGCACAGUCUGAUGAAUCGGCUCCUUUCCCCACCCUGUCUACUCCCACGACAGAUUCCCUGGUUUAUUCUGAGCCUCCCACUGGUCCAACUGAGCAGCUAACUCCUGAUCAGCCAAACCAGGAGCCCUCGUUCAUCACCUCUCUUCAUGAACUUGCUCCCUUGGUCGUGGAAGAAGAUGAGCAGCAUUCUGAAGCAGAUGAGCCUCUUUCUGAUGAUCCCCUUUCAGAUGAUCCCUUGUCACCUGCUGAGGAGAAAUUACCCCACAUCGAUGAGUAUUGGUCAGACAGUGAGCAUAUCUUCUUGGAUGCCAAUAUUGGUGGGGUGGCAAUAGCACCUGCCCAUGGCUCUGUUUUGAUUGAGUGUGCCCGGCGAGAGCUUCAUGCUACAACUCCUGUUGAGCAUCCAAACCGGAAUCAUCCUACACGCCUCUCCCUUGUCUUCUACCAGCACAAAAACCUGAAUAAGCCUCAACACGGCUUUGAACUAAACAAAAUUAAAUUUGAGGCUAAAGAGGCUAAGAAUAAGAAAACUAAGACUUCAGAGCAGAAAGACCAGGCAGCUAAUGAAGGUCCUGAACUGUCCCCUGAAGUUAAUGAAUUGAACCAAAUUCCGUCUCAUAAAGCAUUAACAUUAACCCAUGAUAAUGUUGUCACCGUGUCCCCUUAUGCUCUCACACAUGUUGCAGGGCCCUAUAACCAUUGGGUCUGA